GCGGGUCGGGUGGCGGCGGAGGAGCGGGAGGCGCGAUGGCCGAGGGCAGUGCUGUGUCCGACCCUCAGCACGCCGCGCGCCUGCUGCGGGCGCUCAGCUCGUUCCGGGAGGAGGCGCGUUUCUGCGACGCGCACCUGGUCCUCGACGGCGAGGAGAUCCCGGUGCAGAAGAACAUCCUGGCGGCGGCCAGCCCGUACAUCAGGACAAAGUUAAACUAUAAUCCUCCAAAAGAUGACGGCUCUACUUAUAAGAUUGAACUUGAAGGGAUAUCGGUAACGGUUAUGAGAGAGAUCCUGGAUUACAUCUUCAGUGGGCAGAUCAGGUUGAACGAAGACACCAUCCAAGAUGUCGUGCAGGCAGCCGACCUGCUGCUGCUGACGGACCUCAAAACCCUGUGCUGUGAGUUCUUGGAGGGCUGCAUCGCAGCGGAGAACUGCAUCGGCAUCCGGGACUUUGCACUGCAUUACUGCCUGCACCACGUGCACUACCUGGCCACCGAGUACCUGGAGACCCACUUCCGAGACGUCAGCAGCACAGAGGAGUUCCUGGAGCUCAGUCCACAGAAGCUUAAAGAAGUGAUCUCUCUUGAGAAGCUGAAUGUUGGCAACGAAAGAUACGUGUUUGAGGCCGUGAUUCGGUGGAUAGCACAUGAUGUAGAGAUGAGAAAGGUCCACAUGAAGGAUGUCAUGUCGGCACUGUGGGUUUCAGGGCUGGAUUCCAGCUACCUACGGGAGCAGAUGCUAAAUGAACCCUUGGUACGAGAAAUUGUCAAAGAGUGCAGCAACAUCCCCCUCAGCCAGCCGCAGCAGGGGGAGGCCAUGCUGGCCAGCUUCAAGCCCAGGGGCUACUCAGAGUGCAUAGUGACCAUUGGAGGAGAGGAAAGAGUUUCACGGAAACCCACGGCGGCCAUGCGGUGUAUGUGCCCUCUCUACGACCCCAAUCGGCAGCUGUGGAUUGAACUGGCUCCUCUGAGCAUGCCAAGAAUUAACCAUGGAGUGCUUUCAGCAGAAGGAUUUCUGUUUGUGUUGGGGGGCCAAGAUGAAAACAAGCAGACACUGAGCUCGGGAGAGAAGUAUGACCCAGAUGCCAACACGUGGACUGCGCUCCCGCCCAUGAACGAGGCCAGGCACAACUUUGGGAUUGUGGAGAUUGAUGGAAUGCUCUACAUUCUCGGAGGGGAGGACGGUGACCGCGAGCUGAUUUCCAUGGAGUGUUACGAUAUUUAUUCAAAAACCUGGACGAAGCAACCUGACCUGACCAUGGUUAGGAAGAUUGGCUGCUAUGCAGCUAUGAAAAAGAAAAUCUACGCCAUGGGCGGAGGCUCCUACGGGAAGCUGUUCGAGUCUGUGGAGUGCUACGAUCCACGGACCCAGCAGUGGACUGCCAUAUGCCCACUGAAGGAGAGGAGGUUUGGAGCAGUGGCCUGUGGUGUUGCCAUGGAGCUGUAUGUAUUUGGAGGCGUCCGAAGUCGAGAGGACAUCCAGGGCAGCGAGAUGGUCACCUGCAAGUCUGAGUUCUAUCAUGACGAGUUUAAGAGGUGGAUCUACCUUAACGACCAGAACCUGUGCAUUCCAGCCAGUUCCUCCUUCGUCUAUGGAGCGGUCCCCAUAGGAGCCAGUAUUUAUGUUAUCGGAGACCUUGACACAGGUACCAACUAUGACUACGUGCGGGAGUUUAAGAGAAGCACAGGCACCUGGCACCACACGAAGCCACUCCUGCCAUCUGACCUCCGUCGCACAGGCUGUGCAGCCCUGCGCAUAGCCAACUGCAAGCUCUUCCGCCUGCAGCUGCAGCAAGGCUUGUUCCGCAUCCGGGUCCAUUCCCCUUGAGGAGGAAGAGGAGCCAAAAGUGAGAUCCUGCCCCAAGCGCAUCACGUGGCCGGACGGCAGCCAGCGCAGAGAAGCAGCCCCAUCUUGCUGUGCGCUGGGCUUCAGUAUGGUUACUCUUUGGUGGUUUUUUAAUGCUCAGGCUUCUGCCCUUGUCUGGAGACCGUGUACUGUUGAAAAACUACCUGGGAGGACUCAGUUCCUCCAGCCUGAUGCGUCCGUAACCAAGGCUAUCGAAUGUCCUAAGAGGAGGGUGUGGGGUUGGUGUCGUGUGAAAUAUGAAAGUUAAAACCCUGAGGUGCAUUUUCCCAGAGGGAACUCUUACCUGACUGACUGCCGCGUUCCAGUGUGUGUGUCUGUGGUAAACCAAACAGCAGAAUCUGAAUAUGCAAGCCAACAUACGAGGCCAACAUACAAGGUGGUUCUUGCGUUGCCUGUGGAGGGGAGGAUGCCUAGCUCCACGCAGAAGUUGAGGUUUGUGCAGUUACUUUCCACUCAUUACUAGUGCUCUGUCUUCAGCCUCUUAAAAACUAUAUUCUGAUGAAUUGAAACUAAGACUAAACUAUCUGGCAACAGUCUGCCUUAGUCAAGAUCCAGUCACCCAAGGAGCUCAAGUUGGAAGGCUCCGUGUGAGCGUAAAGGAGCUGCUCACUGUAAAAGAUCCUGGGCCAGGCCGAGACAGUUCUGGGUGGUGCUGUGAGAGCGGGGGAGCUCAGUCAGACCGUUCUUCCUUUCCACCUGGAAAAGCAAAACCAUUUCUACGCCCCGGGCUGUCAGUGCAGAGGGGACUUUAGACAGAGUCAGGCAAAUGUGCGUUCUGCUGUGACUAAAAUCAAUGAAGCAUUAAUAGGCAAAGCUGUCGAGAUAAUGUGUAUAGGGAUCAAAAGGUCUUCAUCCCACCUGUCCGAAAGCACACUCAGACCUGGUCACUGCUGCU